AUGUAUCAAAAUGUAAGUUCAAUUCGACAAUUUACCGAAACGUUCCAUUCAACAAUUUAUCGAAAUGUAAGUAUCAAAUUAAAAUAUAAACUAUUUUUUUUAUUUAUGUACGAUUCAACAGCUGAUCGAAAUGUUCAAUUCAACAAUUUAUUGAAAUGUUCAAUUCAACAAUCUAUUGAAAUGUGCGAUUCAACAACUGAUCGAAAUGUUCAAUUCGACAAUUUAUCGAAACGUGCGAUUCAACAAUCUAUUGAAAUGUUUGAUUCAACAAUUUAUUAA